UGGUGGUGGAAGAAGAUUAAUACGUAAGCUAACAAGCUCUGCCCCCCUUAUUCAGCCGUGCAACCUUGCAGCCCAGGGAUCGGGUUCCAGUAUCUAAUUUUAAAAAUUACUUGUCCAGUUCUAACUUUGACCUGUUUGCCAGAUCUUUUUCCACCACGGCACCAACGACAAAUAUCCUAACUUCAUUGUUCUUCACCUGGAUUGAUUUCAGCAUCCCACCAAUCUGAUACUCAAUCAUACCGCUUUUGAUUCGACAGAGCACUUUGGCAAUAUCGAAUCUCACCUUCUCUACGUGACACAAUGGCUUCUCGUAUUCAGAUUCCCCUUGACGUCUUGACGUCGCGCCUGAACAUUCAGGAUCGCUUCGCCGGGUUUCGCAACACCUCUCUCUCCAGCCGGUUCGCUAAUAUGCGUCCCGUUGGUGAGUUUCUCGACUUCAAGCGCUUGUCUAAGCCAGAGAACUUCGGCGAGGUCCAGUCGCGUGUCAAUUACAACUUAGGCACCUUCGCAAGCAACUACCUCUUGGUCAUCGUUCUUCUCAGUGUUUACGCCUUGAUUACGAACCCUCUUCUGCUUUUCGACAUUAUACUCCUGGGUGGUGGAUUAUGGCUCCUCGGCCGACUCAACGGACAGGACCUCACCAUUGGUACCUUCCACGCCACCUCCUCCCAGCUGUAUACCGGAUUGCUCGUUACCUGUGGUCUUCUAUUUCUUAUUGCGUCGCCUUUCAGCACUGUCCUAUGGCUGAUCGGUGCAAGUGGCGUGGUCAUCUUCGGCCACGCUUCUUUUAUGGACAAGCCUAUCGAUGAGGCUUUUUCCGGGGAGGCGGUCUAGGUGGUCGGCCGCGAGCUCCCAAAUCUGCGCCCCAAUGGGGAAGACCAUCGAGGCGCCCGCGAAGAGGAAGGGGAGAAGAGGAGGAAGACAACGUAUGGGGUACUGGGCGCCGCGUUGUGGAGGAGUUAGGAAGCGAGAACGAGAUGGAUAUACAAGGUACUGAUUUGGUAACGACAUCGGGUAAUAGACGGUUUGCUAGUGAUCCACUUCGGUUCACAGGAAUAGAUUUGAGCAGUGGCGGCCAGCCACGGAACGGUUAUGCUUAUCAACAUUCGGACGACGAAAACGACUCAACCGAAGACGACUCGGAGGCUGCAUCUGAAGAAGACGAAGACGAAGACGAUGAGAAUUCAGCUCUUAGGAGGGAACUUGACGAGGCUCUAGUGCAAUCAGCCCUUGCGAGGAUACGGAGAGCCCAAGCCAAGGGCAAGGCGGACGUCAAACUAAAUAAGGAGGAGCUUGCAGCUCUUGAACGUAGGCGGAAACGCUUACAAGCCGAGAAAGACGCAAGACGACGUAGCGGAAGUGAUCGGA